CAUUUUAUUUGUAAUGCACUUUACAUUUGAAACAAAGUGCAACAUCGUUCCUGCACAGUCAUAAUAGUAAUCUUUUAAAAGCAUUUUGUGACAAUACUGUUGUCUUUUAUUUUUGAUAGUUUGCCAUUCAUCUUCUAUACUUCUACUUGAUCCAAAACAAUUUUGAAUGCAGGACGUUUACUUGUCAACCCCUCAUUGCGCACAAUGGUCCCUUUCAGAGUGUCACGUCAUGUAUUGUAUUAUUGUUUCACUAUAAUAGAUGCAAUAAUCAAUACAUCAGUGUUUUCACAUUGCAUGUGGUUGAGUUGGAGCCGUGUUAAUUCCAUUAGGCCUCCAUAUUCCCGAGUGGUUUAAUCUGCUACGGGGCAUCACACAUGUAUUAUAUGUAAUGAAUGAACUUGAAAGAAGAAGUAUUUUUGCUUGAGUAGAGUAUACGGAUGUAUUAGUUAAUUUCAACCGCUGGUGAUCAGGUAUUUUUUUCACAUUAGGGUAUUACGAUCUACGGGAGAACACAAACGCAUCCUGUGGCCGUGGGACGGCGAGGGGCCGGAGCCUCAGCAUCCUCCUCUGCCCUCUGGCGAUGUUUACAAAUGUCUCUCAUGAUGACAGUGAGGGAGGCGUCCGCAGAGGCCCCCGGGGGCCCCCGGCCGAGGUGGAUGCAGAGACAAGCGUAUUUCGAGGAAGACGACCGGGAGGAGGGAGGGAGGAGGGAGAGGAUGGAGAGGGAGGAGAGGGAGUAGGACCCGGAUGCUGAUGCGAGUGAGACGAAGGAAGGAAGAGGAGAGGGAAAAUAUCGAUUUACGGCAAGAAAAACGCGAAGCGAGUGUAACAGAGGAGGGGGGCCCUUACCCUGCGUGAACUAGUAUCACAAGCGAGGAGGGGGACAGAAGCCCUCGAUAGCACCGCUGAUCUGCAGAUUCUCUGUCUUCUUUUUCUCUCUUCUUUUCUUCCGCCUGUGUGUCGGCCGGCGAGGGAGGAGGACACGCCAACGGAGAGCGAGGGAGGAGAAGAUGCUGCGAGCCGCCGCACUCGCGGGGAUGUAGAGAGGGGCCGACGGAGCGGGGGAGAGAGAGAGACAGGGAGGGGGGGGGGAGGAGGACUACGCCGCGCCGAAGAUGGUUGUUUUGCGGGCAAUGCGCGCUCCACCUCGACGCAUCGUGAGCAUGUGGCGGCCGGCCGAGGAAUCCCACCGUGUGGCGACGCCCGCCGACCUCGGCAGCUGUCGGCUCUUUUGACAGGCGGCCGUUGGUCGGAGGAGGCGCCGAGGCUAAACCCGAGCUAGCCCCGCCGCGGCCGGGCUGACACACACACACACACACACACACACACGCGUAGCAUGUCGCCCAUUUCACCUGUGAAAUAGGCCCCGACGGAGAGGACACCCCCAUCGACGGGCAGCCCCCCCCCCCCCCCCCCUCGCCCCCCGCCCCGGUGCCCGGCGCCCGGCGUCCACUCGACCCGUCCGCCGGAUGACAUUCAGUCUUCGCCCGUUUGGAGGCUGCGCUGCUCUUCGACCGUCGUACGUCGCUGGCGUCCCCCACGCAGGAAGGUGCGAGUUGCGCGACCGGGCUCGUGUGCAGGAGCAGAACCACCAUGUCGUGCUUCUCGUCGGGGCAGUGGUCGCUCGUUCACGCGUAGAGCAGCCCCGGGAGCCGCGCGUCAUCCCUCGGCUGCAGCGGACCAGCACACUAGCUGCUGGUGUUGUUUUUGUGUUGAAUCUCAGCGUUGUACUGUGCUCCAGAAUACUACUACUACUACUAAUAAUAAUAAUAAAGAAAGGGGGGCAUCUAUUUAGCCACGUUUCAUAACCGUGUUCGAUGUGAAGAAAUGCUCAUCCAUCAUCCAGAUGUUGUUGACUCAGCACCGCGGCUCCAUCCCCGACACGUUCAGCCAGUAAGCUCCCAGGAGCAGUGUGGCCACUGAGAGUGGAGCUAGACGUGGGUUGCUUUCCUCUUCUUCUUCUUCUUCCUCUUCUUCCUCUUCCUCUUCUUCUAAGUUGAGCACCAUCUCCUGUCCCGCAAUAACUUCCGUGGAAGCCGUGGGACAAAUCGAAGUAAUUGCAAUAAUCAUUGUGAUCGGCCGCCAGCGAGAGCAGCAUGAGUAAGGAACUGUCCCUGAGUCAGUCAGCUCAGUAUGUUGGGCCCUACCGACUGGAGAAAACGCUGGGGAAGGGACAGACAGGACUGGUCAAGCUGGGGGUCCAUUGUAUUACAGGUCAAAAGGUCGCCAUCAAAAUAGUCAACAGAGAAAAGCUGUCCGAGUCGGUCCUGAUGAAGGUUGAGAGGGAGAUUGCCAUUCUGAAACUGAUUGAGCAUCCGCAUGUGUUGAAGCUGCAUGAUGUUUACGAGAAUAACAAAUACCUGUACCUGGUGUUGGAGCAUGUGUCGGGGGGAGAGCUGUUUGACUACCUGGUGAAGAAGGGCCGGCUGACUCCGAAAGAGGCCCGGAAGUUCUUCAGGCAGAUCAUCUCUGCUUUGGAUUUCUGCCACAGUCAUUCCAUCUGUCACAGAGACCUGAAACCAGAGAAUUUGCUCCUUGAUGAAAAGAACAACAUCCGUAUCGCUGACUUUGGCAUGGCCUCCCUGCAGGUGGGAGACAGUCUGUUAGAGACCAGCUGUGGAUCACCACAUUAUGCGUGUCCUGAAGUUAUACGGGGGGAGAAAUAUGAUGGGCGGAGAGCAGAUGUGUGGAGCUGUGGGGUCAUCCUGUUUGCUCUAUUGGUGGGUGCCCUGCCUUUUGACCAUGACAAUUUACGCCAGCUCCUGGAGAAGGUGAAGAGCGGAGUGUUCCACAUGCCACACUUCAUCCCGCCGGACUGUCAGUCUCUGCUCAAGGGCAUGAUUGAGGUCAACCCUGAAAAGAGGCUCACGCUAGAGGCCAUCCAGAAACACGCCUGGUAUCAGGGUGGUCGCAACGAGCCGUGUCCCGAGCAGCCCCCUCCCAGGCGAGUGUGUGUGAGGCGGAUCUCGUCCCUGACUGAGCUGGACCCAGAUGUGUUAGACAGCAUGCACUCGCUGGGCUGUUUCCGAGACCGAGUAAAGCUCACACGGGAUUUACAGUGUGAAGAAGAAAACCAGGAGAAGAUGAUAUAUUACCUACUGCUGGACAGGAAAGAGCGUUACCCUAGCUAUGAGGAUGAGGACCUGCCGCCGCGCAAUGACGUAGCAGACCCUCCUCGAAAGCGUGUCGACUCUCCGAUGCUGACGCGCCACGGCCGCUGCCGCCCCGAGAGGAAAAGCCUGGAGGUGCUGAGCGUUACUGAACAGGGGUCUCCCACCCCGCCUCGCAGGGCCCUGGAUACAGCUGCACACAGCCAGAGGUCUCGCUCAGUGAGUGGGGCCUCCACUGGUCUCUCCUCCAGCCCUCUCAGCAGUCCCAGGUCCUAUCAGAGCCCCAUCUUCACUUUCAGCCAAUCAGACGUCACCUCUGCCACCGCCACCCCCCUCACAAAGGAGCCCAAACAGGGAAGCGCCACUACUCGCCCAGCACGGGCUCAUGACAAGCCCAAAGCUCCCCUCAACCCAAAGACCCAGACCCUGCCCACCAAGGGACCCGCUGACCGACCCCAUCUGCAGCCCAUCAAAUCCCUGCCUCUGCACAACCCAUCCUCCCGUUCACCUUCUCCUUCUCCGCUCCUGUCACCCUUCCCCCGUUUCUUCUUCCCUUCGUCCUCUGUCCUUAAGUCAGUGACUAAGAGCUUCUACCCAAACUCUGCCCACUCUGUGCCGCAGGUCACUCCCCAGGGCUCUCCGCUGCCCACACCCUUGGGCACCCCUGUCCACCACCCUCACCACCCCUCCUCCACCCCGCCCUCCUCUUCCUCGUCCUCAUCCUCCUCGCGGGCGGAGGGAGGGGGAGGGGUGGGCUCACUAUCGCUGACCCCGCCCUCCAGCCCCGGAGGGGGAAGCGGCAUGGCAGCCAGUAGCUCUGCCCACUGGAGGACUCGCCUCAAUUCUUUCAAGAACAACCUGCUGGGCUCACCACGUUUCCAUCGCCGUAAACUGCAAGUUCCUACAUCAGAAGACAUGUCCAGUCUAACACCAGAAUCUAGCCCUGAGCUGGCUAAGAAGUCGUGGUUUGGAAACUUCAUCGGCCUAGAGAAAGAGGAGCAGAUCUUUGUUGUCAUCAGAGACAAACCUCUGAGUUCUGUCAAAGCCGACAUUGUGCACGCCUUCCUGUCCAUCCCGUCACUCAGUCACAGCGUCCUCUCCCAGACCAGCUUCAGGGCCGAGUACAAGUCCUCCGGCGGCCCCUCCGUCUUCCAGAAACCCGUCAAGUUCCAGGUGGACAUUGCCUUCUCAGAGGGCGAGAGGGAGCGGGACAGGGAGAGGACGGAGAGGGAGGGCAGGAGGGAGACAGGAAUCUACAGCGUGACGUUCACCCUCAUAUCAGGUCCAAGUCGCAGGUUCAGAAGAGUGGUGGAAACGAUUCAAGCUCAGCUUCUCAGCUCUCAUGAUCAACCAAUGGUGCAAGCCCUAUCUGAUCCCUUCCCAGAUGAGAAGAACGGCCGGCCCCAUGGGACCCCCACCCGCCAAAACUCGAGGCGCUCCGAGGGCGGGGGCGACAGGUGCGAGUGGGGCGACCGAACAGAUGGCGGAGGCAUAGGAGGCAGCGGGGGAGUUCUGCAGCGCAGAGGCUCGGCAAAAGAGAGAACCAGACUGCUCUCCUCCAACGGAACCCAGUCCCAACCAUAGGAUAGAAAGUGAGACCAUGCAGCAGGAUGCCUGAAUUACACCGGAAAGAAGACAGUGUAACUUCAUCCCAACAUAUCCCUGCAAGCCAUGAGCUACUCCUAUUCUUCCUUGACUAAUUUAAUGAAGGUGCGUGACCAUAGCAAAGAUUGAGCCUUUCCCCAUCUUGUUUUUUUUGCCAACUCGUCAUUCUCUUGAUCUUUUUGGAUCACCAGGAUUCCUUCCCUUAAAUGAAAAGCAGUGUAAGGGAAUCACCCUAUAACGAAAAGAAAAAAACAAUUACUAUGUGAAUGAGCAGUUUGGUGUCCAUCAUAGAUACAGCUUCACAGAUCCAACCAGGAAUUUUGAAGUGCUAAUAUGCAUGCCAGUUAGCAACUCAGCCUGCUAAAGGAUGCUGACAUGAUCAGAUAGGCUACCAUAUCAUUGUAACACAGUAUCUGACACCAAAAAGAAAUGAUAGUCUCAUUACGGUUCUCAAGAUUACUUUUUAAAUUAAGCAGUGCGCUCAUAUCACUAUCAAGCAAUGUGCAAGUACCAGUCCGUACGGAAAGACACGUAGAUGCAUCUCUGCAGACGAACCCGAAACGUUGGAAACCUGCUCCCACUUGAGUGAGCGCUGACAAGCCGAACAAAAGGUCCUGAAUUUCUCAUGAGAAACGACACGCUGGAACUCCAGCAGUGUCUUCUCCUGAGUCAAAGAAAACCAACUAAGUAAGCUAAGUAAGUGAAUGUGAAAAAAGUAUAUAUAUAUUUUUAUUUCGUUUGAUUUAUUUAUGUUAACAUAAUUCUUUUGAAGAUGCACAGUAAUUGCAGUAAACACUGCAGUGUUAGCAAGGGGAAGCUGACCGGUUGCUUUUUGGCAGGAGUUUUUGUUUCAAGUUAAAUGGUUUUUGAUUUCUUUCUGCUCAGAGACAAUAUGAAACAAUGCAUCUAAGAUUUACGCAUUGAACCCGUGUUGCUCUGAAGAAAAGUAUUUUUGAUUUUCAACAGAAAUAUGAACAUAACUAUAUGAAGAAAAGAAAAAACACUAUGCGUGAAUAGUUCCAUGUACCUCAUCACAGCUGUUUGUGCUGCGGAUCAAACAGAGGCCACCUUUCUUGUCGAGCUUGUCUCCUAUUGCCAUAGUAUUCAUACUCUGACUCCGAAAAAUAUCAAAUUAAAAGGAGAAAAAAUCUUCAUCAUCGGACAUUUUCACAAUGCUGGACUUCGAAGGCUUGCAAUGUCAAUUCCUUGUUGAAGAGGACUUCAGAAUGGGAAGCAAGCAAAGCGUCUCCUAACCCCAUGCGCCUCACGUCAGUGUUCACCAACAAGCCAAGUAGUCCAUCACCACACGCACGCUCAGCACUGAGUCGCACCAUUCGGCAAGCAGACGUAGCAACUCGGACGGUCACGUGUUACUCCAGUACUCUAUCAAAAUAGUCGAUGUUCAUCACCAGUCUUCCAUACAGCACAAUAUGCAACAAAAAUGCGGAUCGUUUUCAGAGCUACGCAGUGCUACAGUUGUUUAUUCUAAUGGUGUUUUUUUUUCGCCCUCUUGUUGAUCCAUCUAUUUAUUUAUUUUUAUUUAUCUAUUUAUGUUUUUUUUGGUCAUGUGAACGUUUGAGUCAUUUAUUUUUUACAAAUUAGAUUUUUUUUUUAAAACUAUAUCAAGAGCCCAUUCAAGAAGCCUGUUCUAUUUCAUUUCACACUCUUAUUUAUUUAUUUUUCCAUGCAAAAGAACGACUUGUUUGAUGGCAGCACUGGCCGAUCUGCUGCGGUGAUCUCUGUUUACAGCUCUCGUCUCUCUUCUCAUGCUUAUCCCUGGUCACUGGAAUGUGUGAGACGGGCGGAUGAUGGCUGACUAAGAGUGAGCUGAAAACGUUGUGGCCGCUGGGUGGAUACAGAGAGAUUUUGCCUGACCCAAGAAUAUAUAAAUUCAUUAACAUUGCCAAACCCUAACAGCUACAUAAUUUCUCUCGUGCAUUGAAUGCUUGCUAAUUCGCUUCAUCUUUAUGCCUUGUCCCUUUGGCCUGUCUGUCUGCCUCUUUACCUGUUGUGUAGCCAUCAUCACAAGAGAAACUGUACCAAGUUGUUUGCCUCACUGUCCGUACACACUUAAUGAUUGCCCACGAUCAUCAGUUUCAUCUAUUUCCUCACCACAUCACCUUCACUUUCAUUGGCCCAACUCUGGCUAAGAUUGUAAACUAUUCUCCAUUCAUAAGGGUCAGUAGAAUAAGGUGUUUAAAAAAAAAAGAAAUGUCUGUAUCAUAAUUUAAAUAUUAAAAAGUGCACUAUUAUAACUAUUGCCUGUGAUAAAAAGAACAAUUAUGGUUGAAUUGAUGGUCAAAAUAAAGAGAGAUCCACCUUAUUGUUAUCGUUCCAAUAAUAAACCCUAAGUUCAUG